AUGAGCAAGGGUAAUCGGGUCUCAUACGGACCGACUGAUACCGCAACAAAGUCAGUAAGGGCUCUGUUCCGCAGAGCGCCCUGGCCAGAGCUCAAAUUUCCCACUACUGGCUUUGAAGCCAUCAGCGAUGAGUACUUCCUGGAAGAAGAGUCGCUUGAUCAUUUCCAAUGUGGUAUGUUCUACUCUGCGAACAUCGGGGAGACCUUUGACUCUCGGUAUCAGGUUGUUGGCAAGUUGGGCUACGGCGCAACUUCUACGAUCUACAAGCGCCUCAGCAAGAGAAACACCUCACAUCCUGGGUACCACCUUGUAAGGGCCGCCUUAGACACUUUCAAUAUUCCUCAGAUGGGAGAUCACCAGUUUCUUGUUCAAAACCUAUAUGGGACAGCUUCAGCGAUGUGCUCGAAGGUUGUUGAAGGAGAGAUGAGGUAUCCUGCUCCUCGGAAACUUUGGCGAUACGUCAGUGUGUGCCUCCCGUACGUUCGGGGUGCCCGAUCGUUGGGGUCUGUAAUGCUCGGUGCUUUCGGUGCCGUAGUUUGGGGCGACGAGAGGCAGACACACGAUGCGCAGCCUGACAUCUACCGAUGCCCAGAGGUGAUGCUGAGGACAGAGCGGACAACGCACCUGGCAGAAGUGGUUGCAAUGCUCGGACCCCCUCCUCUAGAUUUGUUUAAUCGAGAGCUGCGCAGCAAGGAGUUUUUCGACGACACAGAGAGUUGCGAGGUGACUCUGGCCGGACAGGAACAACGCGAAUUUUUGGAAUUUGUGUGUUGCAUGCUGCAGUGGAGGCCCGAAGAUCGCAUGAUUGCGAAGCAGCUGCUUGACCACCCGUGGCUCAAACCUCCAAACUCGAUGGAGCCUUUGACGCACGGAGUGCUGAAGUAGACCCUUACUAUCGCUCACCCAUGUCCAGGAGCGGGUCUUCAUGCUCUUAUUGAAGUGCACGGAAGGAAGAGGAGAAUCCACUGCGGUUCAUGAAG